UUGGCAUCCCUUCUCCAAGCAGCCACACUGCGUCACGCCCUAGGUGGAAUGGAGGACACGGACAAGAAAGGAAAUGGGGAGUACAUCGGAGAGAUAAAGGGCGGUCUGCGGCCUUCGAUGAAGCUGGUGGUGAUGGGAAUCGUUGCUAAGAAACCCAAAAGCAUUGAGGUGGUGGUGUCCUGCAAGCCGCACAGGGAGGAAGACGAGGAGGACGGCGAGUCGGAGUCGGAAGGCGACGUGGGUCUCCAGCUGAAAGUCACCUUCACGGACAAGGCGGUUCAGCGCAACGCCCGGCUAGAUGGGAAGUGGGGUCGUGCUGAAAACACCCUCUCUUUCUUCCCUUUUGCAGCCGGAGAGCCUUUUAAGAUGGAGAUCGUUUGUGAGCACCAGCAGUUUCGUAUCCUGGUGGACGGUCAGCCUCUGUGUGGCUUCAGCCAUCGUCUCCCACAGCUGGCCAGCCUCACGGCCUUACGAGUCUUCGGGGAUGUGCACCUCACCAAGGUGGCCUGAAGGGGCGACGGACAGAAAACACC